CCCUUGGAUAACGUAAAGGAGUUAACCGACGAGGAGCCCAUGGAUACCAGUGAUGCCGGACCAGUUACACGCCAGCGAAAGUCAACCUCUGAUGCAAUUAAGAUAGAGCCUGCCUCCAAGCCAAGCCCCCACUACCUGCGCUCAAACACCGAGCCGCUCAACGUCUAUACCUCAUUACGAGCCAAUUUGAGGCCUGUUGUGAGCAGCAACGUUGUCACUAGUGUAAAAUGCCCUGCUCCUUUACCAUCUUCACGUUCAUCCACGCGCAGCGUUCGACAGAUUUUUUCCCAACCCUCGGGUAAUCGCUCGCACAGAGGCUCUAGAUAUUAG